AUGUCUUUACAGAAUGCUUCAAUUACUGUAACACACUUUAUUAUAGGUGGUUUUGAUGCAGUCGUAAGGCCAGAGGCAGUUGGUGUGGUUAUACUGAUAAUCUAUCUAAUAGCUGUUUUUGUCAAUACGUUAAAUAUCUUUUGUAUUACUUUUGACAGGAGAUUACAUAAACCGAUGUAUCUUCUGGUUUGCAACCUUGGUGUUGUUGAUAUAAUAUACACUUCCAGUGCCACUCCGACAAUGAUUGGGGUUCUACUUGCUGGUGUUAAUACCAUAUCCUAUGUGCAGUGCUUAAUUCAAAUGUUUAUUUUCCACUUGGGAGCUGUGAUGGAGCGAUUUGCUUUAGCAUUUAUGGCACUGGAUCGAUUAAUUGCUACAAUUUGUCCUUUUCAGUACCAUAGUUAUUUGACAAAUGCACGUGUUGUUGUUCUUACAUACAUCUUGUGGGUUGUUGCCUGUGGUUUUGUGGCUCUUACUCCUGCAGUGAUAUUACGUCUCCCUCACUGCAGCUCAAGGCUGAAGUACGCUUUCUGUGACUAUGCUGCUGUGAUACGAACCACUUGUGUUGACCCUAAUUACUAUUUAAAUAUAACUGCUGUCAUAUUAUUUUUUAUUUUAUUUUUCACUUUCAUUUUCAUUUCCCUCUCAUAUUGUGGGAUCUUAUUUUUUGUCAAAUUAUCCUCAAAUAAUGACAAAAAGAAAAUGGGAAGCACUCUUCUGAGUCACCUCAUUUGUGUAACGUGUCAUUAUUGCCCCGCAUUUGUAAUCAUUGUCUUGACCAGAAUAGGUGUGGUAUUAUCACUUGAGGAGCGUCAGGGUUUAGUGAUUUGGACCAUCCUCGGUUCAUCUGUUGUUAAUCCUUUUGUGUACUGUCUCAGGACGAAAGCAAUCAAAAAUAAGAUCUUUAAGAUAUUCAGAAAGAUUGACGUCUGA